AGCAGCACAUGAUCGUUUCGAUCAGCCUCCGAUUAUUGAUUGUGAGCGACCGGUUGAUUGAUCCAUCAUGUCCGCGCUGGAGGAGUACGAGCGCGCACCCAAGCGCCUGAAGGUGUCCGGCGAGGAUGAGGAGGAGCUGGAGGAAGGCGAGGAGUCAGACUCAGCAUCCGCUGGGCUCCCGGGUGACGAUGAGGAGGAUGAAGGGCAGAGCAGAGCGCGCUGGAGCUCCGCGGAGAGGAAGGACAGCAGCUCUGAGACGCACCGCAUCGCUCCGUCUCCCGUCGUUCACGUGCGAGGACUGUGUGAGUCCGUGGUGGAGGCCGAUCUGGUCGAGGCCUUGGAGAAAUUCGGAAACAUCUGUUACGUGAUGAUGAUGCCGUUCAAGCGGCAGGCUCUGGUGGAGUUCGAGGAGGUUCAGAGCGCUGACCGCUGCGUGGCGUGUGGCUCGCAGGAGCCCGUCUACAUCGCAGGACAGCAGGCCUACUUCAACUACUCCACCAGCAAACGCAUCACGCGGCCCACCAACGCCGACGACCCCAACAGCGGGAACAAAGUGCUGCUGCUGUCCAUCCAGAACCCGCUCUACCCCAUCACUACGGAUGUUUUGUACACGGUCUGUAACCCGAUCGGAAGCGUGCUGCGGAUCGUGAUCUUCAAGAGGAACGGGAUCCAGGCCAUGGUGGAGUUUGAAUCCAUCCAGAAUGCUCAGAAGGCCAAAGCCGCCCUCAAUGGGGCUGACAUCUAUGCUGGCUGCUGCACGCUGAAAAUCGAAUACGCUCGGCCCUCACGCCUCAAUGUCAUCAGAAACGACAACGACAGCUGGGACUACACCAAACCCUUCCUGCUGCGCCGAGAGCGUGGUAAAGGCCGACAGCGGCAGGCCAUCCUGGGAGAACAUCCGUCCUCAUACAGUGAUAACGGAUACGGCUCUCACUGCCCCCUGCUGCCGCUGCCUGGUAAUAACCGCUUCAAGCGCGGCUCUCAUGAUGCACCGGAGGUGGUGGCGUAUCCGCUGCCCCAGACAUCCUCAUACAUGAGCCACGCCUCCAGCUCCGUCGCCAUGGUGAGCGGCCUGCAUCCUGCCAAGAUGAACUGCACUCGCAUCUUCAACCUCUUCUGUCUCUAUGGAAACAUCGAGAAGGUGAAGUUCAUGAAGAGCGUCCCGGGCACAGCUCUAGUAGAGAUGAGUGAUGAGUACGCGGUCGACAGAGCCGUCACACACCUCAACAGCAUUAAGGUGUUCAGCAAACGCCUCAACGUCUGCACACACAAGCAGCACGCUGUGAUCCCCAGUCAGGUGUUUGAGCUGGAGGACGGCUCCAGCAGCUAUAAGGACUUCGCUAUGACUCGUAACAACCGCUUCACCAGCGCCGGCCAGGCGUCCAAGAACAUCAUCCAGCCGCCCUCCUGUGUGCUGCACUUCUACAACGUGCCGCCCUGCAUCAGCGAGGACGACCUGCAGCGGUUAUGCACAGAACACGACGUCCCAGGAUUCAUCAAAUACAAGGUGUUUGACGCCAAACCCAGCUCAAAGACCAUCUCUGGCCUGCUGGAGUUCGACAGUAAGACUCACGCCGUGGAGGUUCUGACGGUCCUCAACCACUAUCAGAUCCGGAUCCCCAACGGUUCAAACCCGUACACACUGAAGCUGUGCUUCUCCACCUCCUCACACCUCUGAGCCGGAGCGACCGACACCAUCGUCUUCAUCUUCAUCAUCACCACCUCCCCUCAGACCCCACUCGCCCUCGGGUUUAGUGCUCUUUAGUUAUUCAUCUGUGAUCUGAUCAAACCAGGAAACACACACUCACACACUCACACACACACACACACACACACACACACACACACACACUCUCU